GAGUUUAUUAAGCUGCGUCUCACACCGGACAGAGGAGGAAGUUAAGCUAUGAGCUGAAAUGGGAACUUUGAAGCAUUUAGUGCUUGACACCUUUAAUAUCAUCACGGAAUUUAUUCAGAAGGUGAUUGACUUAACUGUAGAUCUCAAGGCUAAGGCUGAAGGAACAAACUUGGUAGAAUGUCACAGUGUAACUUAUGACAUUCGUGAGGAUGACAGCAAUUGUAGCAGCUCCACUUACCUGCAUAUUGUAGAGCAGAUGAUAGCUAAGCUUAAGGAUAUUGUUGAGAACUUGAAGCAUGAUAUUGAGAAAGCACCAUCUUCAGCACCACAAGUUGUGCAUGGAUCUGAAGGUUCUUCCGAUAAUGAAAGUUCUGAAGAAUCUCUGGAAAACUCAGGGGAUGGCACUGAAAGCUUGGAAAGUCAAAAGAUGACAAAUCCUUCCUCAUUUAUUGUGCCAGCAGACAUUAAACCUGCUCUUGUUAAACACCCACCUGUGGAUUCUCUGGUAGAAAAUGAUGAUGGCUCUGGGAUGGUUUUAUCAGCUAACAUUAUAACUUCAUCAUCAAAUGCUCUACCAGGAACAAUAUUACCUUCCUCCUUCUCCAACACAUUCUCAACAGCGUCGGUUCACCAGUCAUCACAAAUCACUGGGAUAACAGAUCCUACAUCAAUUCUUGCUUCAUCGUUAAAUGUUGGGCCGUCCCUUUGUGAGACAAGUUAUGGAGACCAGACACAGGUGAUCAAGUGUAUCAAGGUGAGUGACGAGUGUGAAACCUUCUUAUAG